AUGAUUAAGAUGGCGGAGUCCAUGGCGUCGCUUGUGCUGAUUCUCGUCGUUUUGACAUUCACAUUUGUUUCCGGCAUCGAUGACAAAUGUGCCGCUUGUAAUGCCGUUGCGGAGGAGAUAGAGUAUGGACUUUCCAAUGAAAAACCGAGGAAUCAUUUGGAUAUGAGACAUAGAUUGGAUUCUAAAGGUCAACGUAAAGGAAAGGUAAUUGAUUACAGAGUCAGUGAGCUUAGGGUUGUUGAAUUAUUAGAUGGGCUUUGUGAUAAAAUGCAAGAUUAUACUCUUCAGAAGGUAGAUUUGAAAAGAUAUGAAUGGGUUAGAGUGGAUAGCUGGGACAAUCUUACAAUUAGUGAGUAUUUGUUCACAAGCAAGAAGCCAAGGCAUAUUCAAAAGAUAUAUCAUCUUAUUGUGGAAGGUGAGAUGGAAAAUGUUUUGUUGGCAGAACAGAUAAAGAAAGGAUCCGUUAAAGUAGGCGGUGUGAGCAAGAUUCUAUGCCAGGAUUUGAGCAAGCACUGUAAGCAAUCAAGUGGCUCCUAUCAAGCGGAUGCUGAUGAUGACGAACCAGAUCGAGAACUCUGA